AUGCGGCCCCCGGCCCUUCUGUUUCUGCUGCUGCUUCAGCACAGCAAGUCCGACUCGGCUUGCAAGAACCUCAAGUGUUUUGCUGACUACAUCCAGACGCUGACCUGCAUAUGGGGGACUGGCAUGCCCAGAGGGAAGCUGCACAAUCUCACUGCCACGUGGGGCUGUGGCCGGGGGGGUACCUGCGACUUCCUCCCCACCGUGAAGAAUGCCAGCCCCACGCGAUACGCUUGCUCCUCCGAGCAGAAGCUGUGCAAGACAUUUGCUGUGAUGGUGACGCUUGUGGACGGCACCCUGGCCGUUUGCCAGACAUGUGGGCCCUUCCAGUACCAUGAAAACGUGAAGCCACGGCCCCCUUUCAACGUGACAGCAGCGGCCUGCCCAGGCGGCUACAACAUCUCCUGGGAGAGCGGCUACGCAGCCGACCACUACCUGCAUGGGGAGCUGCAGUAUCAGCUGCACUACAGGCAGAAGGGCCACCCCUGGAGCCUGCAGGGGGGCACGGCAGGGGGCCUGAAGUCUGUUUUGCAGGACACCCCAUCCUUGUGGCUGCUGCCGCAGGAGCUGGCUGGGGGCGUGGAGUACGAGCUGCAGGUGCGAACCGGACCCAGGGACCAUUCUCUUUACAGGGGCACUUGGAGCGACUGGAGCCCCUCGAGCAGCCUCCAGACUCUGCCCGCGGGCACCGCAGGAGCUGUCUGGCUGGUGACUCCCCUCCUGGCCCUCAGCCUCAUGGUGACCCUUCUGGCCUUCCUGGGCAGGCAUUGGAGUUCCAGGUGGUGGAAGAAGCUGGAGCAGUUCAUCCCCAGCCCAGCACCGUUCUUCCAGACCCUCUAUCUGGUCCACAACGGAGACUUCAAGAAGUGGGCGGGGACCUCCUGCUCUGGAGCCACCCUGGAUGUCCAUGAGUGUGGCACAGCACAGCCGGAAGUGUUCAAGAUCAGCCUCAAGCCCCUUCUCACCACAGCGGCCCGGGGGGAGACUUCCGCACUGCCCUGCGGUGCCACCCUGCCAGCCGCCGUCCCUGGAGAGGAACCUGCAUCUGCUCUGGAGCAGGCCUACGGCCACCUCUCCAUCGACACGGUCACCGUGGCCGACGUGUGCGGCCUGGAGCCAGAGGCCUACCGGCACUUGCCUUUGGACAGCGGCCACACCGGGAGCCUGGCGCCCUACAGCGAGAUGCCACCUCCUCUCCCUCCCUGGCUUCGAGACCUCUGCCCGGAGCAGCUGAGCGCCCUCUACGGAGCCCCCGUGGGCGCCUCCUCUCCGCCCCCCGCCAAGCCUUUCCGCAGGGAGCCGUGCUCUCCUACGUGGGGGCCUGACGGAGACACGGCUCUCGACCUGGACACAGUCGACAGCGGCUUUGCGGACUCGGACUGCGGGAGCCCCACGGACUGUGACUGCCAGGGGAGACGGGCCGGCUGCACCACCCCUGCGGAGGAGGACGGGGCUGCCUUCCUGCCCAGCUAUGUCAAGCAGUGGGUCACCUGCUACACCCCCCCGGAGGAGCGCAGCUAG